UAUUUUUUCCUUUUCCUUCCGUUGAAUAAAAGUUGCGCCUUGGGGUUUGGGGAUUUCAAUUCAUUUGAAACGUAAGUGAGAAAGAAAGAAUGAUACUCCGUACUCCUCCGCCACCGAAGAGGCCACGUUCCGAUGACGGCGAUGGCGACGCACAGCUUGUUAUCUAUGAGGAUCCGGCGCCAGCGGUGGAGGAACCCUCCGAGCACAUGCUAUGCACAUAUCAGUGUCGCCAAAUGGUUAAAUCUGAUUUUCUAGAUGCCUUAAGUAAAGCAGAAAAUCAAGUUCGUGAUUAUCAAUCUCAAUUCCAAACACUCAAUCAUAAUUUCCAAAAACUCGACACUGAGAGGAAGAAAUCUGUGGAGCAAUUGUUAUACACUGAACAAGAACUUGCUGCUUCUAAAGGCCGUGAAAAGGCCCUCCAGGAUCAACUCUUGAAGGAGGUUACUGAUUCUCAAGAUAGACUUAGAAAAUAUAUUCAAUUAAACACUGAACUUCAGGCUAAGCUCCAAAAUGAGACAAACCUUCGCAUACAAGCCGAGUCUCAUGCCACUUCCACCCAAGAGAAAGCAACAUCUUUAGAAGGGAAGCUAGGCAAUCUUUCAGAUACCAUACAGAGGGAAAAAAAGAGACUUCACGAUGAUCAUUCACAACUCAAAAAGGACUCCAACUUUUCUAUUUCUAGAAUCACCGCUAAUCUUGAACAAAUGGAAUGUAGAGCUAAUAAUGCCGAGAGAGAAGCAGAGAUGCUUAAAGAGCAAUUGGACCGUCUCAAGGACCAAUUCAAUGAGUGUUUGCACCAGAAGACUGAAGCUGAAAAGAAGCUAGCAACUUUUUCAUCCCAGGAAGUUUCUUCUACAUGGAGUGAUGUUUUGGUUAAACAAUUGCAACAGGAACUUCAACAUUAUGAAUCUGAAGUAAGGGAAGCACGAAAACUAAGAUCAAAUCACGAGAACAUUGAGCUUUUGAAGGAAAAACUGCUGGAGGAAAAGAGCCGUCGGGAAAGGGCACAAUCUGAGCUAUCUAAACUACAGGAUGUCCAGUCAAAUAUGAAAAAGUUAGAGGAUCAAAUAUCAUCAUGGAGAUUGAUGAUUAAAGACAUACCUGGCAUCUCAUGUUUUGAGGACAUGCCUUCUAAAUUUGCAGCUUUACAGAAAGAGGUAAUUUACUGUACACAGAAGGAGGGUGAAGGAACUGCUCGCUUGAAACAACUGGAGGUGGCUUUGGAUGCUGCUGAGAUUGGUAAACAAAAUGCUGAAACUGAAGCUGUGUUGGCUAAAGAGAAAGCAGAAGUAUUAAAAUCAGAGAUUAAACGGAUUGAAUUAACGCUAGCAGUUGUCACAGAGGAAAGAAACAAAUUAAGAAUUCUUGCCAAUUUGAAGAAUGGUGAAGCUGGAGAUGAAUCAAGUAGUGCUAAUCCCAUUCAGGAACUUGAAUCAUCUCUUAUGAAGAAAGAUGAAUAUAUUAAAGAACUAGAAAGCACCUUAAAUGAGCUGAGAGUGGUUAAUAAUCGCCAACAUGAGGAAAUUAAGAUACUCAACGAAAAAUUGCACAAUGAAGCAAGAAGAAUAAAGUCACUGGAGAGGGAGAGUGACCGGCUCCGUUCAGAGAUAUCAUUAUUAGAGGCAAAGCUGGGUCAUGGCGAUUUUUCUUCUGCUAAUACAAAAGUUCUGCGGAUGGUGAAUACACUUUCCGUAGAUAAUGAAGCCAAACAAACCAUAGAAGUGCUGCAAAAUGAACUGCAGAAAACAAAAGAGAAAUUAAAAGCUGUUGAAGAAUUGAAGAGUCAAUCAGGAGAAACUGGAAAGCUGGUAGAGAACUACAUAUCGGAUAAGAUAUUGCAACUGAAAGAACAAAUUGCAACACUAGAGAAGCGAGAAGAGAGAUACAAGACCGUGUUUGCAGACAGAAUUUCAGUUUUCCGGAGGGCAUGCUGUGAGAUUUUUGGUUACAAGAUUGUGAUGGAUGAACACCAGCGAUCAAAUGGAAUCCCAGUGACACGAUUUACGCUGCAAUCAAUUUAUGCACAAAGUGAUGAUGAAAAACUUGAAUUUGAAUAUGAAUCAGGGAAUACCAACAUUUUGGUAAAUCGUUACACAUCUCAGCCUGAGGUAUCUCAUCAGGUUGAGAUAUUCGUUCGGAAAAUGAAUUCAAUUCCUGCUUUUACUGCCAACAUAACAGUGGAGUCUUUCAAUCGAAGAACCUUAUCUUAAAUUUGACUGACUUGUCUUAGACUAUAGAGUUUAAGGAAUGAUGUUUCUUGAGGUAACUAUCAGUUAUGCUGCAUAGAUAUCUUCCGGGCAACUAGUUAGUCAGCUACGACUGGUUACACUUUUGCAGCAUUCUCACAUCGGUGCCUGAUAGAUGGUGUGGGCUUGAAAACCAUCACAUUUUUACUUUUAACGUAGUGUUCCAGAGGGUGGAGUUUUGAACUUACAAAAUUAUGUGUAAAUCGCUGUCAAACCUAUAACAUCUUGAGUAAAGAAAACCUGUAGCAUGUUUCAUCCUUUCAAAAGAAAGAAAAAACAUCUAGCUUCAUCUUUUGGUUGCUGACAACACGUGGCUUUUCUGUUUAGGUGUUUGUUAUUGUUAUUGUUAUGCUUUUUGUGCUCAAGAUUACACUAAAUGUCUAAAUAAAUUUUACACUGAUAUUCA